AGCGCGGCAUGCAGGCGGGUGCUCACCGACCAGCUCAAGCAGAUCCUCGAGGUCGUCGGCACGGGCAUCAGGCGCGUGAACACGACGCACCGGCAGCGGCACGACCACGCCGUGCAGAACGCGCAGCUCGCCGCUUUGCGCCGCGAGGAGGAGGCACAUGUCCGGGAGCGCAUCCGCGCGGGGGCGUGGCACGACGGACGCGCGGACUGCAUCGCAAGGAACGGCGUGAUGAGCGGGUUGUCGAUAUGA